CGUGGUUGACUUCCCGGAAGUGCUUUGCGGGCAAUAUUGUGAAACGCAGAACACGACCUGGAAGUAAAGACUGUUCACGUGUUGGUACAUCGGUGCUUGAAUAUGUCUUCCAGCGUUGCAGUGAAACGACCCAAUCUUGGGUCUUCUCAGCCAGUCGAGAAGGUGGACUGGAAGAAGAGGAAAGCGGAAAUAAAGGAGGCUAAGAAGCAAAGGAAAGAGGCCAAGCUGAUCAAACAACUGGAAAAACAGAAACAGCAAGAGGCUGCUGAGAAAGCAGAAGCUGAACUGAGCCAGAACAAAAAAGGUCGGGCUUACACGGUGAGUCUGGCUCUGCCGGGGUCUAUCCUGGAUAAUGCUCAGUCUCCUGAACUUCGCACGUACCUGGCCGGACAGAUCGCCCGCGCCUGCGUCGUUUUCUCUGUUGAUGAGAUCGUAGUGUUUGAUGAACGAGGGGAAGAUGUCAAGAGUGUGGAGGGAGAGUUUAGCGGUGUUGGGAAGAGGGGACACGGUUGCAUUCAACUUGCCAGAAUACUUCAGUAUCUGGAAUGUCCACAAUAUCUGCGCAAGGCCUUCUUCCCAAAGCAUCAAGAUUUACAGUACGCAGGUUUGCUUAACCCUCUAGACAGUCCUCACCACAUGAGGAUAGACGAGGAAUCUGACUACAGGGAAGGCGUCGUGGUCGACAGGCCUACCAAACAGAAUAAAGGGUCGUUUGUCGACUGUGGAAUGAGAAAGGAAAUUCAGAUUGAUAAGCAGCUGCAGCCUGGACUACGAGUCACAGUACGGCUCAGCAGGACACAAAAUCCAGAAGGCAAAGUAUAUAAAGGUGUUGUCGUGGCUCCUCACGUGCCCAGGACUGAAGGUGGUUAUUAUUGGGGCUACAGUGUUCGUCUGGCAUCUUGUCUCAGUGCAGUUUUCACUGAAAGCCCCUUUAAAGAAGGCUAUGAUCUGACUAUUGGUACGUCAGAGAGAGGCAGCAACGCAGACCAGGCAUUACUGACGCCAUUCAAACAUCUCUUGGUCGUUUUUGGAGGUCUUCAGGGAUUGGAGGCCAGUUUAGAUGCCGAUCAAAAGCUGGAUGUAACUGACCCCAGUGUUUUAUUUGACCUUUACCUCAACACGUGCCCCGGUCAGGGCAGCAGGACCAUUCGUACCGAGGAGGCCAUCUUAAUUUCCAUGGCGGUCCUGAGGCCGAAGAUCACAGCUGCCGUUUCCAGCAGUAGUGCUUCAUUAGAGAGUUGAAGAGACAAUAACACAAGAGUGUUUUGAUGUCCAGAUCUGGAGCAUUUAGCAUUGCCUUCUGUAAGAACAUUUCACCCAGUCGUUGCAAUGAAUGCAGUCAGCAAUAGAUCUGCUAAUGUUAUCUAACGUUUAUUAUCCAUGUUGCUUCAACAAAUUGUACAUAUUGAAACAUAAAUACUAUUCAGAUGCAUGAA